AGGAGCUAAUACGAAAGCUGAAUUGAAUCAUAGCUCAGAAACUUACGAACGUGGGCGGUAACAAAACAUUGUGUUCCAUGUGCGCGUUUAUUUACAAGUAGUAAUAUCCUUAAUAUUGACUGGAAUACGGUGAUUUAUAAGGUUUUAAAUAAAACUUUAAAUAAUUUGCGAAAACUUCAAGUGAAAUAUAUGAAAACUCUGAAACAUUAAUUUAUUGACUGUGAAAAAGAUUUAUAUUUUUGUGAGGAAAAUGACUGCGUCCACUAUGAUUGAAUUGGAGUCGUGGAUUAUCUACCAAUGUGUGCUGAAUGAAUGCCAUGUAUCCAGUAGCUCGAUGGAAGGCGGUGCGUGGUGCGCCCGCGACAUCUCGCUGCGCGCGCAAAAGAAGUUUCUGUCGCGUGUAGGGGGCGCGGCGAGUGCACGCGCCUUGGUUCUCGACGAACACGCCGCCAAAUUGUUAGAUCAGUUUCUAACGGUGCUGAGGGAACGCGUGGAGAAGCGCGAAGCGGAGAAGUUGGUGAAGCACGUGAUAAAGGCGGCGGUGAAGCUCGGCGUGCUGCGCCGGCACGGACAGCUCUCCGCGGCUGAUGAGCGCGCCCUCGCCGCAUUCCGCAGCAAGUUUCAUACGGUGCUGAUGGCUGUGGUAUCAUUCUGUGAGGUGGACUUCUCGUAUGACCGAGGCUUCCUGCAGGACGCUCUUAGAGAGUCGCACCAGUCGCUCAAGUCUGUAGUCGAAAGGCAUUUGUCUGAUAAAUCGGUAUCAAGGCUGGCCGGUGUAUUCGCACUGGCCUCUCGCGGGGAUCUUUUAGAUUCCUUAUUCUCCGGCCAAAUAGACGAAGAUGUGCUCAAACUGACGAGGAUGCUGCGCAAAGAACUCGACAGAGGCCUGCUAUAAUCCAAGCGAGGAGAUACGUAAGCCGUCCUAUAACCAAAGCUGUUCUUACCAUCUAAAUGAUCUCUAUCAUAAAGAGUAUCGGUCCGCUUUCGGCCGGUGUUGCCAUUAUACAAUUUUUAAAACGGUAGAAAUUUUGGCAAUUGGAGAAUAAUUAUGAAGGAAAAUCGUUCAAGUAUGGCCCUUCUUACAAGGAACCGUAAAUCUUGGAAAUUAAUAUCUUUAUAUAUCGUGUUGCGAUCCGUACAUACAACGUUGAAUUAUUGACACAAGUCGUAUUUUCGGUCAGUACAUAGUGACUACAUGUCAACUGUAUACAUUUGCUUCGUCAUCUUUAAAAUCAUGGAAAAUUUCGCGACAAUCUUGACGAAAAGGUUGCGAACGAGUGCCUUUGGCGAAGAACGAACGAAAUAUGAGGUUCGCGGCGCGUGAAUGUGUACUUUGCUCUUUGAAGUUGUAUUACGUAAGUUGAUUAGUGA